ACUGGCAUCCACCGCUCCUGCCUUGCUCUGCUCAGGAAAAGGGCUCACCUCUCUUCUCACACCAAGAUGUCUUGCUACGACCUGUGCCCACCAAGAACCAGCGUGGCCGUCCCCCAGCCCAUCGCUGAGAGCUGCAACGAGCUGUGCGCCCGCCAGUGUCCCGACUCUUCAGCCUUCAUCCAGCCACCGCCUGUGGUUGUCACUUUCCCCGGCCCCAUCCUCAGCUCCUUCCCCCAGCAAGCCGUGGUGGGCUCCUCCGGAGCACCCGCCUUUGGAGGCAACCUGGGGCUGGGAGGCCUCUACGGUGCCGGGGCCACUACUCAGGCCUCAGGGGGCCUCUGCACCUUUGGCAGACCCUACGCUCCUGCCGCCUGCAGCCCUCUGCCUCUGCCCCGCUACAGCCAGAGGCUCUGGAACUCCUGUGCCUCCUGUUAG